AUGCCUGUGAAUAGCAACAUCGUAAAGCCAAUAAACAAUCAAAACCGGUACGUUCCUCAGCCUGGUGGAAGCUUGAUGAAUCGGUCAGGUAUGACGGUAGUAGUAAACCCCCCGCAGCAAGCUAGUCGGCCUGGACCCAUUAAUUCGCCUUAUCCUACAAAUUCAAUGGCUCAACGUACUGUAGGAGGUACUUCUUUGAUGCAACGAACUAACGGAAGGAUAGCGUCAAAUGUCCCAUCAUGGAAUUAUACGCCAGGUUCGGCGUUAACAUCACAGAGUCUGACAACGCGACAACAAACUUUUACGGGAUAUCCGAGUGGAUUGCAUAAUGUUCAUUCUCAGCCCCCGAACGAUAUAUUGGAUAUGUCUGAAUUUCCAGCAUUGGGCAGCUCAAAUACAACAGUCAAUAAUUCAUCAACGAGUGGACUCGGUUCGAGCUAUGCGACAACAGCCGGAACAUCCACCAGUGUAAAUGGACCAAAUGAUGGUCGUUCACUUCAUCAUCAGCAACAACAGACUCAAGAAUUUACGAUUGAUGAUUUUCCAGCAUUACCUGGCGCCACAAGUAACGGUGGUAAUCGAGGUGGGAUAAGAACAACGGUACAACCGCAGAUAAAUUCGAUAUCCGAACAAGACAAAAAGACAUUGAGAGGAUCAACCCCUUAUUCAACUUCAUCAACAUUAGUAGGUGUACCUCCUUACUCUACAACAAAUGGUGGUAUAUCUGCGAACAUGCAUUCAUCCAAUUCUUCGACGAUAAAUCAAUCUCCUUCGACGUCAAGUGUAAGUGUGACUUCAACGUCAGGAGAUUCGUAUGGUCUUAUGGGUCUUCUGAAUGUAAUAAGGAUGACUGACCCAGAUCUGAGUAUGUUGGCUUUAGGAAGUGACCUGGCAACGUUAGGCCUAAAUUUAAAUUCGCCAGAUAGCAGUGCUCUUUACACAACGUUUACUUCUCCUUGGGCAGAUAAUAAUCAGAUAGCUGGUUUAAUUGAACCUGAUUAUCAAUUACCUUCAUGUUAUAAUGUACAACCGCCGCCACCAGCUCAAUCAAAAAUCUCGUCCUUUUCUGAUGAAACGCUUUUUUAUAUCUUUUAUAGUAUGCCAAGAGAUAUAUUACAGGAGGUUGCAGCUCAAGAAUUAUAUAAUCGCAAUUGGCGAUAUCAUCGGGAACAGAAACUUUGGUUAACAAAAGAACCUGGUACAGAACCAGCUAUGAAAUCGCCAACGUUUGAACGAGGAAAUUACAUCAUCUUUGAUCCGAACAAUUGGGAAAAGACCAAAGAGAUUUAUUACAUGUAUGACUCGUUAGAGGAUAGGCCACCAAUGAUGGGCGGACUAAGUGGGAUUGGCGGUGUCGCUGCAUCACAGGCAGGCGUAUCAUCCUUAGCAUCUGGCGGACUAAUUCAACAGCAGCAAGGAAUUACGCAACAAGGUCUGUCAAGUGUGAAUAUGGCUGGUUUAAUGGGUUUAGGAGGUAUGCCUUCAAGUAAUACCGGUGGAUUAUCCGCAGGCACAUUAGCAGGGUUAGGAGCAUCACCUGCUCAUAUGCAAUUACAUCAUCAAUAUCCAUCAGCCUCAAAUGCUGCACAACAUCAUCAAUUAGGCGGUCCAAUACCGGGUCUUGGUCAAAGUGCUCAUUAUGUAGCGCAAGGCGGGUUAAAAGAUUAUUGA